GAAACAUAAUGGCUGCUGAUCUUACCGAACAGGAAGAAAAGGCCAUUCAACAAUUUUUAGAAGAAAUCAAUAUUGUGCAAGAGAGUCGUAACAGAUCUCCAGUAUCAUGGAGUGCAGGUUGCAAGUUUCUUAUGGCAAGAAAAUUUGAUCUUAAACGAGCAAUAGAUCUCUUUUUUUCACAUGAGUCAACUCGAGAGAAGGAAGAUUUAUUAACAAUAGAUGUCAAUGACCAGUUUCUUCUAAAAGAAUUAAAUACUGAAAAAUUUACUUUGUUGCCAGGUAGAGAUAAUAAUGGUGCAGCUGUAGCUUUAUUUUCUGCUCGCCUCCACUACCCCCCACAAACCACACACCAGGUCGUUCUGAAAUCACUCAUCUACCAGCUGGAUGCUGCUCUGGAAAGCAUUGAAACUCAACGCCAAGGUUUAGUUUUUAUCUAUGAUAUGACAGAUUCUAAAUAUGCCAACUUUGAUUAUGAUCUCAGCAUUAAAAUUCUCAAUUUAUUAAAAGGAGCCUAUCCUGCCAGAUUAAAACGUGUUCUUAUAGUGACUGCACCAUUGUGGUUUAAAGCACCUUUCAAGAUACUUCGUCUUUUUGUUAAGGAGAAAUUAAGAGACAGGGUGUACACUGUGAACAUAUCCGAACUGUCUAUAUACGUUCCCAAAGAAACAUUGCCAAUUCAGCUAGGAGGUUCCCAGGCACCCAGCCACAAGAUCUGGCUACAGAUGUGCUACUUGUGUGCCACUAACCAACAGCCUGAUCCAAGCACCUACUUCACACCCUGCCCCUCCAGUGUCACUGCCACUCGCAGGUCCAUCUCACGCAGUAUCUCCACAGACAUAGACAAUCACACUAGUGAUUUUGACUCUGAAAGCUCUAAAGAUACUGUUAACGAGAAACACACAAACGAAGAUCGAGAAAAAGAGAAAGAAGAUUCUGACGAGAUGGAUGAGAAAGAUUCAGAAGAUGGGCUCCCCUCUUUGGUGAACAGCAACAAGGAUGCUCAUGGCUCCACAAACAGGAAGAGAAAGACUUCUGACUCCCGUAAGGCUAGCUCUGAUGUAUCUGAUGCUAGUGAAUCUGCAACAGAUGGAAUGCCGUGUAAAAAACGUCCACCUUCCUCUGGUUCAAACAUUUUAGAUGAUUCUAUUCACAUGCCUGAUAGCAACGGUACAACUGUACAAGGACUCUUAACUAAAAUAAACACACUCAAACGGAAAGGGCUUUUUGCUGAAUAUGCUUCAAUCAAAAUGGAGGCACCCUCAGGAACGUUUAAUACUUCUAAAUUGAAAGCUAAUGUGACAAAGAACAGAUACACAGACGUGCUUUGUUUGGACCACAGUCGUGUUGUUCUCCCUAUCAUUGAUGACGACCCCAGCUCUGAUUACAUCAAUGCUAACUUUGUCGAUGGUUACAUGCAGAAGAAUGCAUUUAUUUCAACUCAAGGUCCUCUGCCCAAGACAUUUGUUGAUUUUUGGAGGAUGGUUUGGCAUAACCAGUGUAGAGUUAUAGUAAUGACCACAAGAACUGUAGAAAGAUCUAGAAUGAAGUGUGGUCAGUACUGGCCUAAUGAUGAGCAGACAGACGAACAGUUUGAAGAGUUUAUCGUCUACAACAACGGGAUCAUUGCCAAUGAGAAUUUUACUGAGACCAUCCUUGUGCUUCACAACACAAAUACAGGAGAGUCUUGUCAAAUCACACACCUACAGUUCACCAGCUGGCCUGACUAUGGCGUCCCACCUGCCGCACCUUUCUUAGACUUUCUCUUUAGGGUCAGGAGUAUACAGGAAGCUGCCACUAAAGAGAUGGGCACUGCCUGGGCGGGGCACCCCUUAGGGCCUCCCAUUGUUGUACAUUGUAGUGCUGGGAUUGGACGCACAGGUACUUUCAUCACUGUUGACAUCUGCCUGCGCUGCCUAGAACAUGUGGGUACUGUAGACGUGAAAGAGACAGUGAGAAGAAUCAGGUCCCAGAGAGCUUUCUCCAUACAGAUGCCAGACCAGUAUGUCUUCUGCCACCAAGCAGUCAUUGAACAUGCCCAGCGCCAGGGCCUUAUCAAUAGCAUGCAGCAAGUGACACUAGAGGACAGUGACAGUGAUAGUGGAUAACUCGCAUCAAUCCACAUAUAGUAGCAGAUCAAACUUGAGGACAGUGAUGGUGGAUAAUUCAUCACUCCAUGUAUACUUUACAUACAAGUAACACAAUUCAAAUAGACAUUUUUGUUUUUGAUGUCCUCAACAUUCAAGCCAUUACUGGCAAAUUGAUUAAACGUUUAAUCAUAUUUAAAUUUGAAUCUGUUACAGAUAUUUUGUGUAUCAUUAUAACAAUUAUUUAUUUAGUUACUAAAGUAAAAACUUACUGCAUCUAGAUGCUGUUUAUAUAAUUAUGUAUCUUUGCCUACAACAAGUAAAAAAUAAUAGUUCUUUAUUUAACCAAUGGUCCUUAUAUAUUAAAAAGGAUUACCUGUCAGUGAGCUGUCAUGCAAAAUAGUGAUUUAUAUAUCAUAAUUUUUAAGUUGUUAUAAAUAGCAAAGUCUUGCUGUAUGACUGCGGUUGGGUUGUAGUUAUCUAACACAUGGAUUAACCUUAUUAACACUUAUUAGGAUUAGUGGCUCAAGACAGUACUGCUCAAAUUUAUCAAGUCAACCUAGCAAACAAGUGUUGUCUAAGUAAAUUUUAAAAUAUCAACAAAGUAGUGUAUUGGUAAUAGAUUAUCUAGUGUUUUACAGUGGGGAGGGGAUUAUCCUUAAGGCUUACAGCAUAUAUUAAAUAAGUUUAUUUCAAACCCUGAUUGUCAGAAGCUUUAGAAACUCUUAUUCAGGUGUACAUUUUAAACAAUCACCAAUUUUUUUAUAAGGUUUAUAGUUAUUACUUUUACAUUAAAAGUAAUAGUGUAAACCAGUUUGAGUAUCAUCCAAAUAAUUUACCUAGUGAGAUUGUCAUGUUGACCGUAACUUCUAAAGUAGUUGGUAAGAUUAUCUUUUCUCCUAUAAAUUGACAUACAAUUCUUGAAGACCAAAUGUUGGACCAUAAUUUUAUUGUGCAAAGAAUUGUGGCAUUAACUGAAAUCAGUUCUUUUGUGUGUUUAAUUUUUUAACUCUUUGUGUUUCAGUUCUUUGUUUAAUCAUAGGUGUUGUUGAUUGAUCAUUAGCAUCAGCAUUAUAAUGACAGUAGUGAACAUUUUUAAUGGGCAGUGGACAUUGUUGUCAUGACAUUAGACAUUGUCCAUGUGAUGGUGGACAUUGUCAAUGUGGCAGUG